GAACAACGUAGCAAUCAUGAAGCUAAAAACAGCAUGCUUCAUGCCUUAUUUACCGAUUUGAAGAAGUCUUCUUUUAAAAAUACUUGGCUGACCUACAUUCUGCUGACUGAAUCCUGGCUUAUAUACUUCUAUAUAUUAUCUACAGGCAUAUCUAAUUCAGAACUCUAUAUGAACUCCGAAGACAAUGAGCGGGAUAAAGGUGGAAUAAGUAGCUACAAUGACAUCUAUCUUUUCUCACAAAUCUCUCAAGUCAACUUUGUUUGUCAUUGUUCUUGUUCUUGCGCUCUGUUUCCAAAUCAUUUUGAUCGAUGCCCAUGGAGGCCUUCAUGAUGAUCACAAUGAGGAUGAGGUCCCAAACACGGACGACUCCACUCCUACUGCGGCCAAGCACCUCAGUUCGAGAAAACUUGUUGCAGUAAAAAUAUGGUGUCUAGUCAUUUUCUUCCUUAGCACCUUUGCCUUUGGAGUGUCACCCUAUUUCUUACGAUGGAACGAGAACUUUCUUGUGCUUGGGACUCAGUUUGCUGGAGGUGUCUUCCUUGGAACGUCGAUGAUACAUUUUUUAAGUGAUGCCUCUUCUGUUUUCGAGAGUCUCACUAACCUCGAAUACCCUUUUGCUUUCAUGUUAGCUUGUGCUGGUUAUGUUCUUACGAUGUUUGGGGAUUGUAUAAUUCUGUAUAUUGCGAAGAAAAGUGCAGAGAAAAAUAGGGUGGGGGUGGAAGGAAGUGGAGACGAAGAACUGCGAGAAAAACAUGGUGUGGCGCAUAGCCCAAUGUUCAUAAGAACUACUUCGGUCGGAAACACUUUCCUUCUCAUAAUUGCUCUUUGUUUUCAUUCAGUCUUUGAGGGCAUGGCUGUUGGCAUUGCAGAUACUGAAGCUGAUGCAUGGAAGAACUUAUGGACAAUAUCACUGCAUAAGGUAUUUGGGGCUGUUGCAAUGGGGAUUGCCCUCUUAAGAAUGCUCCCUAAACGACCAUUAUUAGCCACAGUUGUGUACUCCUUUGCGUUUGCUAGUUCGAGUCCCAUCGGUGUAGGGAUCGGAAUUGCCAUCAAUGCAACGACAGAGGGUCGGACAGCAGAUUGGACAUACGCCAUAUCCAUGGGAUUUGCUACUGGGAUAUUCAUCUAUAUUGCUAUUAAUCAUCUCAUCUCUCAAGGUUAUAAGCCACAUUCUCCUUGUUACUUUGACACCCCAUUUUAUAGGUUCCUUUCUGUUCUUCUUGGGGUUGCUGUCAUUGCUGUUGUUAUGAUAUGGGAUUAGAGAUCCAUUAAUAUUAAAUAUAUUACCAUUUGGUCUUAGGGGGUGUUUGGUAUUAGAAGAAAAAAUGUAAUGGAAAAGAAAUUGAUAAAGAGGGGUAAGGGUAAAGGUAUGGGUUAUUGUAUUUGGUGUUUAGCAUAACCAUGUAAGGGAAACACUUGUUUACCUUUCCCCUGUUGUUUGGUUUUGAUAUUCUUUUAUGUGCUAGUUACUUGCGUAAAUGCUUACAGUGGCACUGUAUGUAACAUAUCAAAUGAAGAAUAUAUAUAUAUCAAAAAAUUAUACUGAAACCCACAUUUUCUUACUUUCUCCAUGCGUUAACCUUCAUUUCCUUAAUAAAACUCAACAUAAUUCAAGCCUAAAUAAAAUCAAACAAAACUACAACACUUAAACUAAUAAUUUGCAUUAUGUUAUAACAAGUACUUCUCAUUUUCAGAACGCAAAAGUGUAUAAACUAGGAAAUAAGCACCUAACUACAAGCG